AUGGAAGGUUCAAGGACUGCUACCUCUGCCGCUGCGGCGGAGGACUCUUCUUCGCAGCGCGGAGCGAACCCUUUCGCUACGCCUGGUGUUGAUAACACCGAUAACCCUUUUGCGACACCCGCUGUUGCGACGCCCAUUGCCGAGUCUUUGGCAUCACGACAAUUGGGACAUCGCACAACUUCUUCAUUUGAUGCACCCACCGUCCGUCGACGCUUCAGAAGCAGUCGUCUUCAGGGCGAGUUUGAGAAGCCAUGGCUAGAGAGCAACAAGAAACAGUGGAAUUGGGAUAGUACCAUUUUCUACACAUGUAUCACCAUCGGUCUUGGUAUUGGUGCAUUUCUCUGUUGGAAGGAGACUCAGGUCCCCAAGCACGAGUACUGCAUGGUCAUGAACGACCAAUUCAAGAAUCUCGAUAACUGGAACCAUGAAGUUCAAAUGAACGGCUUCGGUACUGGUGCCUUUGACUGGACAACCAAUGAUCCAGCCAACUCAUAUGUCGACGCAGAGGGUCUUCAUAUUGUCCCUACAGCGACACUUGAGAGCACUUCCAUCACCAGGGACCAGCUCCUUAAUGGUUUCACGGUCAACAUGACCACCAACAGCCGCGUCUGGGGCAAGUGCACAGCCAAGAGCAUCAAGAAGAACAACGACCGCUGGCCCUGUGCAUCCCACAGCAACGCCACCCUCGGUCAGAUCAUCAACCCUGUGCGGUCCGCGCGCCUAAACACAAAGGGUAAAAAGACCAUCCGGUACGGCCGCGUCGAGGUCGUGGCGCGUAUGCCCAAAGGUGACUGGCUCUGGCCUGCCAUCUGGAUGAUGCCCCAGGAUGAGGUCUACGGCGAGUGGCCCAAGUCGGGUGAGAUUGAUAUUGCUGAGAGCCGUGGUAACGAUGCGAGGAAGUACCCCAUGGGUAACAACCUUGUGUCCUCGGCGCUUCACUGGGGAACUGCUACGGAGAAUGAUCGCUGGAGGAAAGCUUCUGGCGAGUGGGGAGGCAAGCGAGUCCUCUACUCUGAGAAAUUCCACACAUAUGGUUUGGAGUGGAGUGAGAAGUAUCUCUUUACCUGGCUUGAUGGCCGUCUUCGACAAGUUCAAUUCUUUGACUUUACCAAGAACAAGAACCUCUGGACCUACGGUGAAUUCGCCGGCCAGUCCAUCAACGGUUCCAUCCCCACGGACCCGUGGAGCAGCACAGGCCGUAAAAACACGCCUUUUGACGAAUCAUUCUACCUCAUCCUCAACGUCGCAGUCGGCGGUACUAACGGCUGGUUUCCCGACGCGAUUGGCGACAAGCCCUGGGCUGACAGCAGCGAGACCCCUAUGCGAGACUUUUGGAAGGCCAACUCUACUUGGCUGCCCACCUGGGGUCCUGUCAAGGAUCGUGGCAUGGUUGUGAAGUCUGUCAAGAUGUGGCAGGAGGGCAGAUGUGCUGGGGCUGUCAGAUCUGAAUAA